CAACAUAAAUUGGAGUCUAUAAAGUGUUUUUUAGAUGUCAUAUGUACUCAUAAAAAGUCAUUUGAAGCAAUAAAGCACAUCUGCUAGUAGGCAGGCUUGCAUCACCGCUCCCUUUUUCUUCUUUUUUUUUUAGCUCUUUGCAAUUCAGCCUGCGAACACACGUCUCAGUGCGUGUUUUGAUUUUUAAUUUUUUUUAAAAGAGCCAAUAUAAACCCGGUUGGCUCUAAGCACAAACAUUAUUGUGUUUUAUUUUCUCCCGCAUAUAGUAUUGCCCUUGCAGAUGUGGAAAUUUAUUUGCUCUCAUGUGAGCACAUUGCUUUUUUUUUUAAAUCCCUAUCCGCUUGUAAAUGAUGGAUGUGAUGUCAUAAAUUGUAACCAGUCACUUAGAGAAAGCAAUAGAGAGAGUGGGAGAGAGAGAGAGAGUGAGCGAGUGAGAGAGAGAGAGAGAGGGAUGCUGCAUCUCAUCAGAGUGGGAUGCUCAGUUACCGACGGCAACGGAACAAUGCUGCAGGACCGCUGCAAACAGGAGCUCCAGGCCGCCUCCAAUGGUGCCGACGCCGACUGCCCCCCCUCGCCUCCCCGCACGGCACCGCCCACCACCAAGUCGGCCCAUUUCUUUGACACGUUGGACAAGAUGGAGCAGGUUCCAGAAGCUGCUGAGAUGAAGGCCGUCCCUCCGAGGCAGAAGGAUGACUACAUCCCUUAUCCAAGGAUCGAAGAGGUGUUAGAGAAGGGCGAACCGUACCCACAGAUCAUCCUCCCCCAGUUUGGAGGUUACUGGAUCGAGGAACCUGAGGAACCUCCCCCGCCUGCGCCUCCCCCUGCCACCCAGGAGGCCAGCAAGGAUGACGAGCAAGGAGAAGGAGAAGAGGCCCAAGAUAACGCAAACUGUGGCUAUCGCCUGGAGGAGACCAACGAGGCCGCACGUGCGUACAGGAAGUACUUCUUGGGCAAGGAGCAUUUAAAUUUCUCUUGCCCGUCCAGCAGCGUUGGAAACGUGUUGUUGUCUGUUAGGCAUGAAGAAGAGAAUCAGCAAGAACAUCUCCACGUCAUCAUCAGGUCCCGAGUGAAGACAAUCUAUCAGCGCCUGUCAGUGACAGAGCUGCCUGAUAUACCAAGUGUACAAGAGCUGACUAAGCUGCUGUGUGACGACGCAGCUGGUCUCCGUUUCAGUCCCGUCCUUUACCCGAAGGCGUCUCAGCUAAUUGUCAACUAUGACGAACAUGAGGUCAACAACACGUUCAAGUUUGGAGUUAUUUUCCAACGCUUUGGACAGGUGUCCGAGGAGGAGCUGUUCAGGAACAAUGAGGAAACGCCAGCGUUCCAAGAGUUUCUGCAGCUCCUCGGCGACACUGUGGACCUGCAAGACUUUAAAGGGUUUCGGGGGGGUCUGGAUGUGUCUCACGGCCAGACUGGUUCUCAGUCUGUGUACACGGUCCACAAACAGCAGGAAGUCAUGUUCCACGUUUCCACCAAGCUGCCCUUCACGGAGGGAGACACCCAGCAGCUCCAGAGGAAGCGUCACAUAGGCAACGACAUCGUAGCCCUGGUUUUCCAGGAGGAGGCCACCCCCUUUGUGCCAGACAUGAUCGCCUCCAACUUUUUACACGCCUUUGUCACAGUCCAGGUGGAGGAACCCUGCUCGGAGAAUACCAGCUAUAAGGUGUCUGUUACAGCACGAGAGGAUGUACCACCUUUUGGACCGCCUCUCCCAAAUCCAGCUGUUUUUAAGAAGGGUCCAGAGUUUCGGGAGUUUCUACUCACUAAACUCAUCAAUGCAGAGCUGGCCUGUUACAAGAGCAUCCGUUUUUCCCGACUGGAGGAGCGGACAAGGGCCGCACUGCUGGAUACCCUCCACGACGAGCUACAGAGACGCUCCCAGAGAAUGCUGGGAUUGACAUCUACUCUUGAUGAGGAGGCUCGGGCUGAAAAUGGACAUGCUCACGGAGGUCUGCUGGAAUCCAUCAAGAGGGCUAUGCGCGGGAGAAGCGUCUCCAUGGAGACAAUGUCAAGAGGUGGCGGGGGGCUGCCCACCAGUUUGAGUGGUGGGGGGUUGGCACAUAUCAGUGCUGAGGGUAGUGUAAAAUCUCCAGUCAAACGCCGUUCGGGUCUGUUCCCUCGAUUGUUGAGUAUUGACAGCCAAACAGAUAAGCACGGCCAGAGAGGAAUCAGUUUCCUCGGUGACCAGAGGAUCUUUGAUGGUUGCCAGCCCAUGUUAGAGGUGAAGUCAGAGCUGCCGUCCAAUCCCAGCUCUCCAGAGGCGGGGCAACGAGACAGAAUUUGCAUGAAAAAGGAUAACAGCAAAAUUUCCAGAUCCACCUCCAGCACGUGUAGCUUCAGUCUCCCCGCAGACGACACUCACCUGCAGUUUGCCCAGGCUGUGACAGUAGAAGGUCAAGGUUCAAGUCCGCUCACCGUCUGUCGAAGCCCCACAGAAUUAAAAAACAAAAACUCACCGAGAUCCAACCUGAAGUUUCGUUUCGACAAGCUGAGUCACUCAGCUGCGGGACAUUAGACUGCAAGGAAAAGGUACACAUUAAAUUCAACUGUGAGCAUUAUCUUUUUGAUCUAAUAGUGUCUGAAUCAUGAAUUUGAUUAAUCCGGUGGAAUAUUAGAAAAUCGGGUGGCUUCAUAAGCCGACGUCACUGAGGAGAACGACGAUGCAGCACCAAGACUUUUGCUACGUGGAUUCAAUCAUUGCCAACUGGUCUCUCCAUCACUUGAUUAUGAUCGGCUCACAUAUUGUGAUUCACCACGGAAUGCACGGUGAGUGAAUGUGUCAGCUGAGUGGAAAUAAUCCCAAUGAUGUCACAGCGCCAUCACCGGCGAGUAACUGUUUACCAAAGGGAGAGGCACACUAACUGAGUCCUGGGAAAUGCAGAAAAAUGUUAUGCCAAGAUCAGCUAAUUGCAUCAUUUUGCUCCGUUUGUUUUCAAGAACGCCCAAAUACUGCAGUAUCCGCACCUUCAAAUUUGAUUUGUUUAAGUGAAAUGUCUGUUUAAGCAUUUACUAAACGACGGUAGCAGUAAAACUGCCCUAGAUGGAAUUGAAUUGAAUAAUCAGGGAAAGAUCCAAAUGAGGGUGUAAAAUGAAAAAUUUAUUUUUGUGUAGAAUAUGAUUGACUAAAAUUGACAUGCAAUAAUAUGACUUAUUUUUGUCGCUCAUAAAUGAAGUAUAGUUCCUGGAACAAGACUUGCAAUCUCACAUUUGAACAUUUCUACGGCUAAAUCAGCUUGUUUGACACUUUGUUGAAACUACAAGAUGGACUGCCAUUUCAAGCAAAAAACAAAAGGGUGAUAGAAAUGAUGUUGCACUAGAAAAAAAAGCGCUUCUCCCCUCUGUAGGGGUAUAAACCAGGGGGUCCUCAAACUUUUGGGGUCAAGAAUGUGAAAGAGCUAAAAAUAUGUAGUAUUCUUUUAUUGGGGUGCCGGUCCCUACAGUUACGUAUGAACUUUUUAAAAUGAUCUGAUUUACCCAAUAAUUUACUACAAAAUAUUUUGUGGGUUACCCCAGUUUGAGAACCACUGGUCUGAACAUCAACCAUGUACAAAACUCUGUUUUUGCACUGAAAGCACAACUUUCCUUAUGUUCAUGCAUCCUCUUCCAAGCAUUUCAGUGUAUCAAAAGGAUGAUCAAAUGUAGCAUGUUUGUUUCUGUCCUGUGUCCCUUCGUUAUAAGUUGUGCGUUUCUUUCAAUAAAAAGUUCAUUUUUGUUUCCAUGAAUCCAAAGUGCACUGUAAAGAAGCAAAAUGUAAAAUAGCUACACAUCAAGGAAACAAAUGUCAAUAAAGCACCAUUAAAAUGA